CGCGCGGGAACGAGGCGACGGCUCCGGUAGCGGGACCGAGGGCGCUGAGGCAGGGAGCGUCAUGGCGGGGUGCUGCCCGGCGCUACGGGCUUUCCUGUUCGAGUACGACACGCCGCGCAUCGUGCUCAUCCGCAGCCGUAAAGUGGGGCUCAUGAACCGCGCCGUGCAGCUGCUCAUCCUGGCCUACGUCAUCGGGUGGGUAUUUCUGUGGGAGAAGGGAUACCAGGAAAUGGACUCUGUGGUCAGCUCAGUUACUACCAAGGUCAAGGGUGUGGCUGUGACUAAUACUUCUCAACUUGGAUUCCGGAUCUGGGAUGUGGCUGAUUAUGUGAUACCAGCUCAGGAGGAAAACUCCCUCUUCAUUAUGACCAACAUGAUCAUUACCAUGAACCAGACCCAGGGCGUCUGUCCUGAGAUUCCAGAUAAGAACACUGUUUGUGAAUCAGACGCCAACUGCACUGCUGGCUCCACAGGCAGCCACAGCAAUGGAGUCUCAACUGGCAGAUGUGUGCCUUUCAGUGGGUCAGUGAAGACGUGCGAGGUGGCAGCCUGGUGCCCAGUGGAGGAUGACACACAUGUGCCACAACCUGCUUUUUUAAAGGCUGCAGAGAACUUUACCCUUUUGGUUAAGAACAACAUCUGGUAUCCCAAAUUUAAUUUCAGCAAGAGGAAUAUCCUUCCCAACAUCACCACUACUUACCUCAAGUCAUGCAUUUAUGAUGCCAAAACAGAUCCCUUCUGUCCCAUAUUCCGUCUUGGUAACAUAGUGGAGAAGGCAGGACACAGUUUCCAGGACAUGGCUGUUGAGGGGGGCAUCAUGGGCAUCCAGGUCAAAUGGGACUGCAACCUGGACAGAGCUGCCACCCUCUGCCUGCCCAGGUACUCCUUCCGCCGCCUGGAUACCCGGGACAUCGACCACAGUGUGUCUCCUGGCUACAAUUUCAGGUUUGCCAAGUAUUACAGUGACAUCGCUGGCAAGGAGCACCGUACGCUCAUCAAGGCAUAUGGCAUCCGCUUCGACAUCAUUGUGUUUGGAAAAGUAGCUCACUGCUGGCCCUCCCACCCCCCACCCUCCCGCUACCAACCCUUGUUCAUAUCCCACAGGGACAAGGGGCCUCUCCCUACACCUAUAGCAACUUAUUUUCUUUUACUCCUGUCUUCACAGGCUGGGAAAUUUGACAUCAUCCCUACUAUGAUCAACAUUGGCUCUGGCUUGGCACUCCUGGGGGUGGCAACAGUGCUGUGUGAUGUCAUAGUCCUCUAUUGCAUGAAGAAAAGAUACUACUAUCGGGAGAAGAAAUAUAAAUAUGUGGAAGAUUAUGAGCAGGGUCUCGGUAGUGAGGUGGACCAGUGAUGCCUACCCCACACCUGGGCUCCCCAGGCCCGACUGAAGCACAAUGAGGAGGGAGAAAUGGCUGUUGUAUCACCCCAGAGAAGAUUCUGAACUCUAAUUCAUUCUCUACAAGUCCUCAGGGUUGCCUAGCAGUUCCUGUGGUUUGUGUUUAAGAUUUGUUUUUGCCCACUUGGUGCAGUAGGUUACCAGUUCUUGGCUGAGUCACAGGGUGAGUGCUGGCCAAGGGGCAAUGACACUACUGUAGCUUCCAGGGCUGGCUCUCCUCAGAAGCUCCUGGCUGCAGCUCCCUUCAAGACAGGCCCAGUCCUCCGAGCCAUGGCAACUCUGCUCAAGCACUUUAUGAGGAAGGGAAGGCCACGUGGUUGUGAUCACAAGACUUUUAGCACACUUGGGCUGCCAUCCCUUUUGCCCCCAACCAGGGGCUUUGUCCUUGAAAUCAUAAGGCAGAGUUAGGUGAUUGAGGACCAAGCUUUAAAACAUGAUUUUCUUCAUCCCUGCCUGUUUCAUCUCAUAGCAUGUGCUAGAACUUUCCUUCCUAUCCUUUUACUGUAACAAGUAAAUCCAUUUCUUGUCCAGCUCGCUGUGGUCUGAAAAGGUCCCUCAAACAAUGUGUUUCUGGAGCUUAUGCAUUUUGACCCCACUACUUUUUUUUUUGGUGUCACAGCUCAUUGCAACCUCCAACUCCUGGGCUUAGGCAAUUCUCUUGCCUCAGCCUCCCCAGUAGCUGGGACUACAGGCACCCGCCACAACACCCAGCUAUUUUUUUUUUGUUGCAGUUUGGCCGCGGUUGGGUUUAAACACACCACUGUUGGUACAUGGGGCUGGUGCUCCACUCACUGAGCCAUAGGCGCCACCCUCACCCCACUACUUUUAAAAGCCUAAGAAUUUUGAUCUUUAUUAGGUCAGGUUCCUACAGAGUCUAUGUGAUUUUCUUUUCUCUAGCCACAUCUUACCUGUACUUGCAUUUUGACAUAAAAUUACAGGACUGUAGUUUUAGGUAACAUGGAAGUGGCUUGUCCUCUCCCCCAUUUGCUUCCCAGUCUCCAACCAAAAGCAGCUCCACCUACACCUGCCUCCCCACAGGUCUGAAAUGUUCAGGAAGCUAUUUCCAGCUAUGACUUCACACUGACCUAGUUCUGUACCAGGAGUUCAGAAUCCACCUAAAGGAAGCAGUUUGCCCCUCCCCUUUGCUAUAAAUUCACCUCUAGGAUGAGGAGAAUAAUUAUAAGUGCUCUGGUGCUGCUGGGUAAAUGACCAAACUGGGCUCUCCUUGCUUUUGGGAAGCAAACCCCUCCCAAGCAGCCCUGGUUCAUGCUGUCCUUGAAAAAUAUGCUCGCUUGAGCACAUAGAUCAAAUGGAGAUAGAAUUUUAGGCAUGGUGAUAUGGUCUGAAUGUGUACCCUGCAAAAACACAAGUUGGAAACUUAUUCCCCAAUGCAGGAAUAUUGGGAGGUGGGGUCAUUGGAGGUGAUUGGGUCCUGAGGGCUCUGCCCUCCUGAGUGGGAGCCAUGCCCCUCUAUAAAAGGGUAUGAUGGAGGGAGUUCAUUCUCUUUUUGCCACCACAUGAGGACACAGCAUUCCUCUCCAAAGGAUGCAGCACCAAGACACCCUCUUGGAAGCAGAGAGCAGCCCUCACUAGAUACCCAACCUGCUGGCACCUUGAUCUUGAACUUCCCAGCCUCCAGAAC